AUGGCAGCCACGUCGAAAAAGUUGAACAAGCGUCAAUUGGAAUCUAAGGAGUCGAAGGAUUCUGGUAAAAUUGUAAAAAGAGCUAAAAACAUUAGUGUUGAUUCUGGCGAUGAAGAUUCUGAUGAUGUCCUCCACGGUUUAUCUUCAGAAGAUGAGCUAGAUGAUGAAUUAGAUGAUGCUAGCUCAAAUUCAGAUUCAGACGAGCUAGACAACGAAUCUGAUCAACUGGAUGAAUCUGAUGAGGAUCAAGAAGAUGCUGAAGAUGAAGAAGAUGCUGGAACCGGAAAUGAUGCAGACAAAAAAGAAAGUAAUGGUGUCAGCCAGCAUGCCGAACAAAGAAAAACAUUAAAGGAGAGAAAACUUCAGCGUAAAUCUGGUGAAACAGUCCAGCAGAUCAAGUCUUUAUGGGAAAGAUUACGUGUCAAGAACCCUCCAAUUCCAAAGCCUGUCCGUGAAAAGCUAUGUAAUGAGAUCUGGGAACUCUCGAAUGAUUGUAUUGAAGAUUUAGUAUUGAAGCAUGAUGCAUCCAGAAUUGUCCAGACAUUAGUCAAAUAUUCUUCCAAAGAGCGCAGAGAACAGAUCACGUUGGCAUUGAAAGAUAAAAUUUAUGUUUUGGCCACAUCAUCAUAUGGUAAAUAUUUGUUGGUUAAAUUGUUACAUUAUGGUUCCCGAAAAUCUAGACAAAUCAUAAUCGAUCAACUACAUGGUAAUUUGAGAAAACUAAUGAGACACCGUGAAGGUGCCUAUGUGGUCGAAGAUUUGUUUGUUCUUUAUGCCUCUCAAGAACAAAGAAAUCAAAUGAUCAGAGAAUUUUGGGGUUCAGAAUACGCCGUAUUCAGAGAAUCUCAUAAGGAACUUACGCUCGAAGAAGUUUGUGCUUCCAGCGUAGAAAAGAGAAAUAUUAUCGCUAGAAACUUGAUUGGUACCAUCACUGCUUCUGUUGAAAAAGGUUCGGCAGGUUUCCAGAUUUUACACGCAGCAAUGAGGGAAUACGUCAAAAUCGCCAACGAUAAAGAAACAUCUGAGUUCAUCGAACUUUUAGAAGAGAACUUUGCGGAAUUAGUGCAUACCCCAGAAGGUGCAGAAGUUGCAUCUACUUUAAUCGCUAAAGCAAAUGCCAAAGAAAGAAAGGGGUUGAUAAAGACCUUGAAAGAACAUGCAAUCAAGUUAAUUCAAAAUGAACACGGUGCCGUUGUUUUCAUAACUUUAUUAAUGACAGUCGAUGAUACUGUUCUCGUCUCCAAGGCAUUUUCCCCACCAAUUAAGGAACAUCUUCCAGAAUUGAUUGUUGAUAAAUUUGGUAGGAGGCCGCUCUUAUUCCUACUUUUAGGAUUAGAUGGUAAAUACUUCGGUCCAAAUAUGAAGAAUGAACUACAAAGAUACAUUAAGAUGUCGGAAACUACUUCCAAGAAGCCAUUUGACCAAAGAAGACUUGAAUUAUUAAAAAGGUUCGCACCAAUGAUUUUAUCUGGCGUAAACGAACACUACAAAACCAUUCUAGAUGAAAACAUCGGUUCUCAAUUUGUCGCAGAUUUACUCGUUAACGAUGAUGUCUAUGAACAACUUUCAGAGUCUGAUCAAAAGUUGUUUGCCGAGCUUGUGGACACCGUCGCCAUUUAUUUCAAAGGUGACAUUUCAGAAGAAGACCACCCUAUUAACAAACCAUUUUCGGCAAGGUUGCUAAAGUCUCUCAUUCAAAAUGGUAGAUACAACGUGAAAGCAAGAAAACUAGAACCUCUAGAAAAAGUUCAGGGACUUGGUAUUCCAUUUGCUGAAAAAUUUUAUGAAGACAUCAUUGAUUCCAGCAACCUACUCGAUUGGAUCAACAAACCCAACAGUUCUUUUACCAUUGUGGCAUUGUAUGAAGCCUUACAUGGGACUGAAGAAGGGGAACAAUUCGAUCAUGAUUUGAAAAAAGUGAUCAAGAAAAUAGAGACGAACGAUUCAAACAAGGGUGCUCAACUACUUCUAAAGCUAAUGAAGCAUUGA